AUGGAAGGUAUUAAUGCGGAACUCGAUGAAUCAAUGAUACACCAUGACACUCCUGCGACGGUAGAUGCCUGCGCGACACUUUUACAACGGUUGGAUAAUCGUCGUCGUGCGGCGGAAGCUAAACGAGGAAAUAAAAAGCCUUGGAAUGUUGUUACUACCCCGACCCCUCGCCCCCCACCAGUAAAUCCUGUUUCUGCUCCCCGUGCUGCCGCCCCAGCCGCUAAUGCACCUGUUACGGAAAGUCAUCCCUCAUCCCGCCCGGGAGGUGAUGUACCAAUGGAUCUGUCUGGAGGACGUCGUCGUCCCUCCCCUGCCGAAAGAAAUGCUCGCUUAGUUGAGGGCCGAUGUUUCUAUUGCGGAGGUGUUGGACACAUGGUUAGGGAUUGCCCCCAAGCGAGAGUAAGUGGAAAUCAACCAAGAAGACCUGUGAUGAGGGGAGCAGCAUUGACGGUGGAGGAAAAUGAUGGAAGCGAUAACGAGUCGGCAAAAGAUUUGUCCCUGCACUAA